GACUAACAGACAGACGUGGCAUGCCGACGGGCAGCUGUUAAAAUUCACGUCAUUGGUCCGAUGCUGCAAUGCUGGCCAACCAUUGAUUAGUUAACAUCUUGUACGACGGCAUGAAGCUAAAGAUGGCGGACAUCGUGGAAAACGUGCUCAAGGCUGCAGCUGAAAGAGAAUCAAAAUACAAAUGUAUUGAGGUUGAAAAGGACAUCGAUCUUGACCUAGAUGAAGGGAAUCUUUUGGCUUCUGAUCCCAAUCCUAUCGACUUAAAAGUUUUCAGGGCGAACCGUGAAGAUUUCUUGACAAAUCUUAGCAGAGAUAACACACAGUUGCUUUUAAAUAGGCUGUGGCAGCUUCCAACAGAGAAGAUUGAUGACGCUGUUGUAGCUCAGCUUCCAGAGGCACAAACCCCCAUUCCACGAGAAAAACCUCCUCCCAAGCCACGGGCUCCAAGCAGAUGGCAAGAGUAUGCCAAGCUCAAGGGCAUCGCGAACAGGAAGAAGGGUCGCAUGGUUUGGGAUGAAGUUCACAAGGAAUAUCGACCUCGCUGGGGUUAUAAACGGGCGAAUGAUGACACAAAGGACUGGCUUAUUGAAGUUCCACAAAAUGCAGAUCCCAAUGAAGACCAGUUUGCCAAGAGAAAGAAAGCCAAAUCUGAAAGAACUGCCAAGAAUGAACUUCAGAGACUCCGCAAUUACAGCCGAGCCAGGAUGUCAAAAGUUCCUGGAGUGGGUCUGACACCAACAGAAAAACCCUCUAAAGACCAUCUAUCUAAAGCCCUAGCAGUAGCAAGAAAGUCCACAGCAUCCAUUGGCCACUUCACAGACAAACUGCCCAAUGAAAAGAAGUCAAAAUACUCUGGCAAAAAGAGGAAGUUUGAAUCCAACUAUGGUGAUCUGAAGGUGGAGUCCUCGAGACAGAUGGACAUUCUCAACUCUAUCUGUAACCAACAGCCCAGACUUAACAUUGUCCAGGCCACGAAUUCACACAUAAAUGAUGAACAAGUACAGCAAUCCAGGAAGAAUGGAUCCAAGAAGACACCGAAGAAGCAGAAGGGUGGCGGCAAAGGGGUCAAAGGUGGAAAGAUCGGGAAGGGGGGCAAAGGUGGAAGGAUGGGCAAGGGGGGAAAGGGAGGGAAGAAGGGAAAGGGUAGAAAAUAAUACUCUGUAAACAUUUGUAAAUAAAAUGUAUGGAAAG